GUCACUGUUCGUACAUAACACGAACACGCACCGUCCCGCACACAGCGACAGCCAAUCACUUCUGACUCACUGCCGAUACCGACUUUUACAUCUUGGAGCCGGGAACUGCCAGUCUUUCCGUCUCGGUUGUUCUCUGAGCAUGGCAGAUUAUUUAAUCAGUGGUGGCACAGGCUAUGUUCCUGAUGAUGGACUGUCGGCUCAACAGCUCUUCUCGAUUGGAGACGGCCUAACGUACAACAGAUCUGAUGAACAUUGUGUUGUCCUCGAUGGUCAAAUGGCAGAAGAGCUAUGCUCUAACGGAGAUGGGUUGACUUACAAUGACUUCCUGAUUUUACCUGGCUUCAUCGACUUUACCUCGGACGAAGUGGACCUGACAUCGGCACUGACCAGAAAAAUCACACUGAAGACACCUCUCAUCUCCUCGCCCAUGGACACCGUCACAGAGUCGGCCAUGGCGAUCGCUAUGGCGCUAAUGGGAGGCAUUGGUAUCAUUCACCACAACUGCACACCAGAAUUCCAAGCCAACGAGGUUCGCAAGGUUAAGAGAUUUGAACAAGGUUUUAUCACAGACCCGCUUGUGAUGAGUCCACAACACACGGUCGGAGAUGUGUUUGAGGCGAAAAUGCGACACGGCUUCUCUGGUAUUCCCGUCACAGAAACAGGCAAGAUGGGCAGCAAGCUGGUGGGCAUUGUCACCUCCAGAGACAUCGACUUCCUGUCUGAGAAAGACCACAAGAAGCCCCUGGAGGAAGCCAUUACCAAGAGGGAGGAGUUAGUCGUCGCCCCGGCUGGCGUUACACUGAAAGAAGCCAAUGAUAUCCUGCAGCGCAGCAAGAAAGGCAAGCUUCCCAUUGUGAAUGAUAACGAUGAGCUGGUGGCCAUUAUUGCCAGGACGGAUCUGAAAAAGAACCGGGACUACCCCUUGGCCUCCAAAGACUCGCGCAAACAGCUGCUGUGUGGCGCUGCCAUCGGCACCAGGGAGGACGACAAAUACAGACUGGACCUGCUGGUGCAGGCCGGCGUGGACGUCAUCGUGCUGGACUCUUCACAAGGCAACUCGGUGUAUCAGAUCAGCAUGAUAAAUUAUAUUAAACAGAAGUAUCCAGACUUGCAAGUGGUGGGAGGAAACGUUGUCACAGCCGCGCAGGCCAAGAAUCUGAUAGAUGCCGGUGUGGAUGCUCUGAGAGUGGGCAUGGGCUGUGGCUCCAUCUGCAUCACACAGGAAGUAAUGGCGUGCGGGCGACCCCAGGGGACCUCUGUGUACAAGGUGGCAGAGUAUGCCAGGCGUUUCGGAGUGCCAGUCAUCGCUGACGGCGGCAUUCAGACUGUGGGUCAUGUGGUGAAGGCUCUGUCACUCGGAGCCUCAACCGUUAUGAUGGGCUCCUUGUUAGCAGCAACCACCGAAGCUCCUGGCGAGUACUACUUCUCAGAUGGUGUUCGGCUGAAAAAGUACCGCGGUAUGGGAUCUUUGGAUGCAAUGGAGAAGGGCCUCAGCAGCCAGAAGCGUUAUUUCAGUGAGGGCGACAAGGUGAAGGUUGCACAGGGUGUUUCAGGCUCAGUCCAAGACAAAGGUUCCAUCCACAAGUUUGUGCCGUAUCUGAUAGCUGGGAUCCAACAUGGCUGCCAGGACAUCGGGGCGAAGAGUCUGUCAGUCCUCCGCUCUAUGAUGUAUUCUGGAGAGCUGAAAUUUGAGAAGAGAACCAUGUCUGCCCAGGUGGAGGGCGGAGUUCACGGACUUCACUCCUACGAGAAGCGGCUUUACUGAACGCGGCCUGCAGAUCAGCGGCACACCUGACACACCCAAAUGUAACUGACCAAACGUUUAUCUGCCACUUCCGGUAAAGUACACACCUCGCAACUUUGCCCUGCAUCGAUUCCCUCGCCAGCCCCUGUGAUCGCAGCCAGGCACUUCAGGGAGGGGAAGCGGCAUCGUAGCAGCAAAGCGAGGAUCCAGUGACACUCUGCCAACACCUGGGAUUUUGUACUCGAGGAGCGGCACAUCAGGGUUUUUGGGACGACUUGCACACGACUAACUAGAUUCUGUAAAACGCCGCAGAUUCUAACGUGUGUGUGUGUCGGUAGUGAGAGAUCGAAAUGUUUAUAAUACUGUUUAAAUGAUGUAUUAGGACAAAACAAGUGAAAUUAUGUUGUUCUUGCGUUUGUGACUGUAAUAUGGCCAUAAUGCAAAACCAGUUAGCUUUUUUUUAUUAUUAUUAUUCUUUUUGGGAUCCACACUGACCAGCACGUUUCCUGCCAGAAGCCUCACACAUCCCAGUCCUUAAACACACUAAUAUGUACGUGGAGAAGAUGAAACACCUGGUCCGUGUAGUUCUUCAGUGUCAUGUCGCAUUUUAAGUCAUGACAGGUCUGUAGCUUGUUACAUUUCAGCACUCGCUGUUUUCUUUGUGUUACCGACUAUGUGGUACGAAAUAAUAAUCGUGCUGAUUAUCAUGCAUUCUCUGCUGUCUCCUGCAGUCCGUGGUGGCCGUGACCGUUGUUGCUAUUCAUUUACCCUUCAAAGACACCUCCAGCCAAAUAAGCAGUGUCCCCAUCUCAGUGCAAAGUGUUCACAUGUUGAUCUCAUGGAAGGGACCAAAAGCUGAAGAUCAGGUACCUUUUUAAAGGGGAAAAAAAAAAAGAAAGAAAUGGUGAUCAUUGCUCUGCCCUGAAUUUGAAGACUUUUGGUUUUAAAAAAGAAAAAGCUUUAUAUCGAACCUGUAUAGUCUUUGGGGGCUUUGAAACGAGCAUGAAGGGUUUUUGAUAUGCAUGUUGUUUUUCACCGAGCCGCGACACGGCUUUAUUUAUACUCUAUCCUGUUUGCAUACGUAUUGCCAAAUGUAAUGAGCUUCUCUUAACCUCCUUUUUUGUUGUUUUAAUGUCAAAAACCAAAAUGGGUGGAACAGGUAGCGUGUGUUCCUCUUGCGCUCUGUGUGGCGUAAGUUCUUCUUUAUAUUUUUGUUUACCUGAUACACGUAUGCCUUGAAAUGGAAGAAUUUAGGCCACACACGACAGCUCGGUCCUCAAACCACAUUGAAAUGUAGAACCCGUCUAACAACCCAUUUUCUUACUGUAGAACACCCCCCC